AUGGCAUCUCAACCGCCUUCUACACCUCCAGAAUCAUUCUCCAUAAUCUCUACCCUCCGCUACGACCCUUCAAUCCCCACAACCAUAUCAAACUCCGCCACAGACAUCAUCUACCCCGACCCAAAAGACUCACCAUACUACCUCCUCCGCUUCCACCGCGAUCGAUUACUCAACGCAGCCACACAUUUCAACUGGCCCAAAGCCAUCGAUUUCCUCCAGCGCGAUACGACUCAAUUCGCUCAAUUCCUCGACCAAUCGAUCCCCGACCGGACGAAACCAUGGCGUUUACGAAUCGCUCUCGAUUCACAUGGAAAUUGCACAGUGGACGUCAACCCCGCGGCAGCAUGUUCUCCUCGUUCGUUAUUUAUUCCGCAGAGCGUGAAUUUCGAGACUGCUGAGAAGCAGCAAUUUCCGCCUCCCUGGCGGUUAUAUUUGGAUACUCGACCGAUCAAACCGUCCGCGUUCACGACUCAUAAAACUACAGUCCGAGAGGAAUAUACCUCCGCGCGAGAGAGGGUGGGGAUCACGUCUUUUGUGGACCCAGAGGAGGUACUGGUUUUUAAUCCCAAGGGGGAAGUUAUGGAGGGGAGUAUUACGACGCCGUACUUUCGGCGGAGGGUCGAGAUAAUAGAUAGAGGAUUGGGUUCGGAUGAAGAUGGGGUUGCGUGGGUGACGCCUCCGUUAUCAAGUGGUGGGAAUGCGGGGACGACGAGGCGGUAUGCGCUGGAGACGGGAUUCUGUGUUGAAAGGGUUGUUAGGGUUGAUGAGAUAGUGGAUGGAGAGGAGUGUUGGUUGAGUAAUGGGGUGAGGGGGUUUAUACGCGCUGUGGUUGUGCUUAGGAAAUAG